GGUACUCGCUUUCAGCCUUCAGUCUGCUCGCAUCUCUAACAACGCGACCCGGACUCUUAUCUAAGGCGUUGGUGGGACUUGAUCCCAUCCAUCGGAUCUCAGCCUGGACUCCAUGCAGUGGGGAUGAGGUUUCGUCCUCGCCCCUUCAGCCAGUCGGGUGAGUGUGGUGCAGGGAAGAGACUUAACAGUGCCAGAGCCAGCCCCGCCCAGGGGCAGCCCGCCAGCUGGGUCUCGGGCUGCUUCGUCCCAAAGCCAGAGCGGACCAAGCCGGCUGGCCCUGGCCGCUCCGUAUGGUCCCCUGCUGACCCCACAGCCUCCACGCCUGGGGACGAACAGUGGGUGGUAGGCUUUCACAGCCAAUCCCCUCCGCCAGCCUGCCCCUUCCCCUGCCAAAAAGCGGAUCCUUCAGCUGCGCUGCAGAAGCACCCCCCACCCCCUUCCCUUCCUUUCCCGGGAAGACCGAUCACGCGGCCAAGACGCCACUCCACGAACUGGGCUUUUCUCCCUGCCAGCUGGAGCAAGCAGCGAGACGCUGUGUGAGAGUGGGAAGGGCCUUAGCAAACAGCUCUGUGGCCCAAUGGUUUUUCUUCGUCUUCGCGUGCCGGCCAAUGAGGCCCGCGAGGCGGGACUUCCGUCUAGCCUUGGUGUUGUCGUCCCCACUUCGAUUCCGGCUGUGGGGGUCGGUGCGGAUAUUCAGUCAUGAAGUCAGGGUAGGGACUUCUCCCGCAGCGACGCGGUGGGCGAGCCUAUUUGUAUUGCGGGGCCGGGCUUCCAGGUGAUUUUACAGCAAGAUGCUGCUCUCCAUCGGGAUGCUCAUGCUGUCAGCCACACAAGUCUAUACCAUUUUGACCGUCCAGCUCUUUGCAUUCUUAAACCUACUACCUGUAGAAGCAGACAUUUUAGCAUAUAAUUUUGAAAAUGCAUCUCAGACAUUUGAUGACCUUCCAGCAAGAUUUGGUUAUAGACUUCCAGCUGAAGGUUUAAAGGGUUUUUUGAUUAAUUCAAAACCAGAGAAUGCCUGUGAACCCAUAGUGCCUCCACCAUUAAAAGAUAAUUCAUCUGGCACUUUCAUCGUGUUAAUUAGAAGACUUGAUUGUAAUUUUGAUGUAAAGGUUUUAAAUGCACAGAGAGCAGGAUACAAAGCAGCCAUAGUUCACAAUGUUGACUCUGAUGACCUCAUUAGCAUGGGAUCCAACGACAUUGAUGUGCUAAAGAAAAUUGACAUUCCAUCUGUCUUUAUUGGGGAAUCAUCAGCUAAUUCCCUGAAAGAUGAAUUCACAUAUGAAAAAGGGGGCCACAUUGUCUUAGUUCCAGAAUUUAGUCUUCCUCUGGAAUACUAUCUAAUCCCCUUCCUUAUCAUAGUGGGGAUCUGUCUCAUCUUAAUCGUCAUUUUCAUGAUCACAAAAUUUGUCCAGGAUAGACAUAGAGCUAGAAGAAACAGACUUCGUAAAGAUCAACUUAAGAAACUCCCCGUGCAUAAAUUCAAGAAAGGAGAUGAAUAUGAUGUGUGUGCCAUUUGUUUGGAUGAAUAUGAAGAUGGCGACAAGCUCAGAAUCCUUCCUUGUUCCCAUGCUUAUCACUGCAAGUGUGUAGACCCCUGGCUAACUAAAACCAAAAAAACCUGUCCAGUCUGCAAGCAAAAAGUUGUUCCUUCUCAAGGCGACUCAGACUCUGACACAGACAGUAGUCAAGAAGAAAAUGAAGUGUCAGAACGUACCCCUUUACUUAGACCUUUGGCAUCUGUCAGCACCCAGUCAUUUGGGGCCUUGUCGGAAUCCCGCUCACAUCAGAACAUGACAGAAUCUUCAGACUAUGAAGAGGAUGACAACGAAGAUACCGACAGCAGUGAUGCAGAAAACGAAAUUAAUGCACAUAGUGUUGUAGUCCAACUGCAGCCUAAUGGUGAACGAGAUUACAACAUAGCAAAUACUGUUUGACCUUCAGAGGGUGAUUGGGUUAUUUCCUAAUAAAUGUUUAUUUAGGUAUAUAAUUUUUUUGCUCCCUUCAGAGAUUCCUGUAGAAAUAACUUAUUUUUUAGUAUUCUAUCAGAUUACUGAAGGUUUUUUUGAUCUGGUAUUUAUCUGCAGGAGUAUACUUCAUUUCACUGAUAACUAGUAAUAGACUGGUGCCGUAACUCAAGCAUCAAAUCAACUCUUCUUUUGGAAUGAACUAUAGCCAAAACAUUAAAAAAAAAAAAAAAAAUUCCUCCGUAUAGCUUGCGGUUAAGACCUAGAUCACAGUAUGCAAAUGUUUCGUGUUUUACACACAAGGUCAAUGCUGUGGCCACCUAGCAUGAGCUAAUAAGCAACUUCCAUUUGCAUAAAGUUUACCUAGAGUUGUUGAGUUGGAAUAUAUUUGUUUUGUAUUUUCCCAAAUUACCAUCACUCAUAGGGGUAACAAUUUAGUAUUUUUCCUUCUAUCAGCACCACAAAGAAACUCAAUGCCGUCUUUUUUCUUUCUAUUCCCAAGUAGUCUUAUCCUGACAGGAAUGGUCUGUACUAGUGCAGAUUUCAUAGGUUUGUUUUUUCCCCCCGCCAAGGUUUUAAAUACUAUAGUGUUAUGUAUGAAUUUGAUUCAUCAGCUAAAGUAACGUCUCUGGACUUGACUUACUGAAUUUCAGUAUCCUUAAGGGUUUUGUGUUAUGAUCAAAAAAGAAAAUGCUGUAUAAAAAUACCAAACUUCAGCAACUGUUAAUACUCUGUUAAUACAGAUCAUACCUCUUAACAAAGAGCAUCUUAUGCUAAUUAGCCCAGCUAAACUAUGUACAGAGGAAACUGUUCAAGUAUUGGAUUUGAAAAUAAUUGCUUAUGUUUAACAGAACUAAUGAUGUAUUUAAAUAAUGUAUUAUGAAAAGCUAAAUUAUAUUAUACAUCACUGUAACUAUGUAGAAAAUCUAGACUUAUGUAUAAUCAAAAUGCUAAGAAUUUUUAUAUGGCCUUGUAUGAAGGGAGUUUGAAUGUUAAUAAACACGUUUUCCACUUUAA